AUUUCCUAGUAUUUCGUAUUUUCGCGGAAGCGAAACAUACCGACUUUACACACAUUGCAACUAGGGUAAACAUAAUUUCAGUAUUUUUUAAACCGGACAGUGAAUUAGCAGUUAUGAUUUGCCACCUUUGUCUCGAAGACAAAUUGUCGGAAGAGUUUCCUUACAAACAUCUUACUAAAGAAUGCAUUGAACAUCCACUGCUACAUUGUCUACGGUGUGUGACAGCUUCGGUGCAAAAUCAUAGUAAAUGUUCACAAUGUGAUGUCCAAGUUACGAAAGACAAUAUGCACUACAAACAAUACAUCCAGGCAUUAGAUGUUCUUUUCCCCACCGUUAGUGCUGAUGAAAACGUCAACACAGCCUUUCAGCCCUUGAACACAACUUGUGAAUCAGAAGCCCAUAUUGUUGUAACCACACUUUCUGGGGAGUGCAUGACUCUUUUAUAUAAACCUCGUCAGACCAUUUUGAGUUUAAAAGGUAUUGUUGAGAAAGAAUUCAAAAUUCCGUGCAACAGGCAAUCCCUGUGUUAUAACGAGAUUGAGUUGAAGCCAAGAGGAAAAAACGGAGAAAUGCUCAAGUUAACAAACUACCAUGUUCAACCGAACAGCACAAUUUAUCUGCUUGUUUUAUUGUAUGCAAUCCCAGAUGAAUUGGAUCAUGUCAUAUUUGAUUUAUUUUGGGGAUAUCCAGCUAGUGGUCCUGAUUACCUUGAUGCUUCUGUGUUACUUUACAGUGGCUCAAAGUUUAUAGAGGUGGUGGACUAUGGUCACACAACAAGUCAGUCAUGUCCAGCAGUCAAGCAUUCUGGUGAUGUAAUGAAUGAUGCCCAGAGACAAGGCCAUCACACCAUAGAUGUGUCCAUCAAAUCAAUACCAUUUCAUGUUAACAAGCUUGUAUUUACUUUGAGUGCAUGGAACUCGCCAAAUAUCUCGAAGUAUCCAAAUCCAAGCCUUCGUUUUUAUGAUGCAAAGUUUCCAAACAAACAGCUUUGUGACGACAAAAUGAAUAAUGCUGCCUAUUCUCAAGCCAUCAUUAUGUGUUGUUUGACCAAUAGAGGAAAUGGAUGGCAAGUUUAUAGUUUAAAAAAUCUCUCUGCUGGUAAUGCUAAAAACUACGAGCCGUUGAAGAGCAAAAUUGCAAACCUAAUUGGAAAAGGGUAUAUAUGAGAUACUUUGUAAAUCAUUGAAGUCCUCUAAAAUAAUUAAAAAACGACAAAUCUGUCAAUUCCAACUAGAACAUACCGUGCGCCUUUGUUUUAAUUUAUUAUAUAUAUAUUAUGCAUUUACCUAAGCCAGGCAACUAACAUCGUAGUUAUGAACACAUGCCUUUAUAUAAAGUAAUAAUGUCGCGAAAAUUGUUGUGAAAAUGUGUUUGUGUGCGCAUAACUUUAUGUGCAUAAAGAUAAGAAACAUUUAGAAAAAUUCGCCGUAUA